AUGUCCAGGUCCACGCGUGCUGCGACGGCCGCAGCGCGAAGAGUGACCCUGAAUGGCGCGGUGUCGCCCCGUCUGCCCAACAAGGAAGAGGAGGAUUUCGAAAUACCCAUCAAAGAGGAGCAAGAGUCUCCACAGCGCGCCUCGAGGAAGCGAAAUGCCGUUGCACCCAGCGAGACCAAGAGCAGGAAGAAGGUCAAGACAGAAGACGGAUCCGGCUUAAUCAGCCCUCCGCCGACCGACGAUACCAAAAAGACGAUGACGACGCCGUCGUCGAAGAAGAGUCCCGCCAAAGACCUGCAAGCGAAGAAACUCAAGUCGUACGCGCAGUUUGCGAAUAAAUCUCCCUUUCCAGACUUCCACCACCCCACGCCCGAGGAGUGUAAAGUAGCGCACCGCAUCCUGGCGUCGUUGCACGGCGAACGAGUCCGACCAAAGGAAGUGGUGGCCUCCACGACACGGGCCGGAUGCGGCGAUUCGCCGUCCGUGUUGGACGCACUCGUGCGGACCAUCCUGUCGCAGAACACGAGCGACAAGAACUCGACGAGGGCGAAACUGAGCAUGGACAAGGUCUACGGCGGCUCUGACAAGUGGGAUGCCAUUGUCGCGGGCGGACAAGCAAAGUUACAGGAAGCCAUCAAGUGCGGCGGGUUGAGCGCGGUCAAGAGCAAGGUCAUCAUCGGCAUUCUACAACAAGCGUAUGAAAAGUACGGGGAGUACUCUCUGGACCAUCUGCACCAGGCGUCGAGCGACGACGCCAUGCGGGAGAUGCUGUCAUUUCAAGGCGUCGGCCCCAAGACGGCCAGCUGCGUGUCGCUGUUCUGUCUCCAGAGGGAGAGCUUCGCCGUCGACACACACGUCUGGCGCAUCACGGGCCUUCUCGGCUGGCGGCCGAAGAGCGCGAGUCGCGAUGAGACGUAUGCACAUUUGGACGUCAUGAUUCCUGAUGAGGACAAGUACGGAUUACAUAUAUUGCUGGUGACACACGGUAAGAAAUGCGACGAGUGUAGAGCCGGGGGAAAGAACCUGGGGAAGUGUGAACUGAGAAAGGCUUUUAGAAAUGCCAAAGUCAAGGGCGAAGCUGGCGAGGACGCCAAGCAGGAGGAGGUGGACGCGAUAAAAUGGGAGAAAGAAGAGGAUGAAGAAAACAAGGAGCCAGCAAAGAAGAGGCAGAAGAAGUGA